UUUUCUUGUGCAAACAAAAAAGUAUUGAUUGUAAAUUUCAGGUACACUGUGAAGUGAAGUCAACAGCGACGGCAUUGCUUUGCAAGUACGAUAAAGCAAAGCAUCUGAUUCCUCGUCUUCCUUAACGUGUUGGAUCUUCAGGUUCUGUCGGCAGAAUCAGUGAGUUAUAUAUUUCAUUCUGAGGAACUUUUUGUAAUCUGAAGAGAAGCAAAAGAAUGAACGAUUGGCUUAGUUUGGGAUUAGGCUCAAUUGGGGGAGCUUUGGUCUCCGGAGGGAUGAAACUUUUGAUUUCAGAGGCCAAAAAGGUGAUAGCUUUCAAAUCUGUGUCUGAAGAGCUCGCAUCCACGAUGAUCUCGUUGCUUCCGGUGGUCAAUCAGAUCGAGUCGAUGCAAGAUGGUGUGGAACUAAAAGAUCUUAAGGUAACGAUCGUUGAAGCUCUUGUAUUGGUUCAGAAGUGUUCACUUGUCAAGGAUUGGAAUGUAGUAAAAAAAUCUAAGUAUACGAAAGAAGUUGAGGAAAUCAAUAGGAAGAUGCUCAAGUUCUGUCAGAUUCAGCUACAGCUUCUUAUGGUUAGGAACCAGUUGAAGUCUAUGCCUUCCAUGGAAGCCAUUGAAAGUUAUUUCCAAAUCAUCAAUGAGAAGCUCGACCUUUUGAGUGUUGUUUCUUCUCCCUCUCUUGCUUUUACCAAGCGUUGUUCUGUUCCUAAGCUUAAUAUGAAUCUUGUUGGAUUGGAUUGGCCAUUGAUGGAUUUAAAGAAGAGGGUCCUUGACGAUUCUGUGGUUAAUCUUGUUGUCUAUGGUCCUCCUGGUUGCGGGAAGACCACGCUCGUUACUCAGCUCUGUCACGAUGAAGAUAUCAAAAGAGUAUUCAAGAAAAUCUUCUUUUGCGUUGUGUCGUGUACUCCUAAUUUCAGAGCCAUAGUACAAAAUUUGCUACAAGACAACGGUUACGGAGCUAUUACAUUUGAUGAUGAUUCUCAAGCAGAAACUGGCUUAAGAGAGCUUCUGGAGGAACUCACUGAACAUGGUCCUAUAUUGUUGGUGUUGGAUGAUGUGUGGCAAGGAUCAGAGUUCUUUCUUCGGAAAUUUCAAAUUGACUUACCGGGUUAUAAGACUUUGGUGACUUCUCGUUCUGACUUUUCGAGUUUAUGGUCCACUUAUCAUUUGAAACCUUUGAAAGAUGAAGAUGCUAGGUCCCUUCUCAUUCAGUGGGCAUCUCCGCCUCAUCACAUAUCUGUAGAUGAUGAGUAUGAAGAUCUUCUCCAGAAGAUAUUGAAACGUUGCAAUGGAUUCCCUCUUGUUAUUGAAGUAGUCGGCAUUUCACUAAGAGGAAAAGCUCUGUAUUUAUGGAAAGGCCAAGUGGAAAGCUGGUCUGAAGGGGAAACAAUUCUUAGUAAUCCUACUGUGCUACAACGUCUUCAGCCUAGCUUCAAUGCCCUGCAACCCCAUCUUAAAGAGUGUUUCUUGGUCAUGGGUUCAUUUCUUGAAGACCAAAAGAUAUGGGCUUCGCUUAUAAUUGACAUAUGUGUGGAAUUAUUUGGUAGAGGUAGUAGCAGCAGUACCAACGUGUACAUGAAGUACCUUAAUGACCUUGCUUCUCAGAAUCUGCUUAAACUUGUUCCUCUCGGGACAAAUGAGCACGAAGACGGAUUCUACAGUGAGUUGUUAGUCACUCAACAUGAUAUUCUGAGGGAGUUGGCUAUUUAUCAAAGUGAAUUGGAACCAAUCCUGGAAAGAAAAAAACUAAAUCUGGAGAUACGAGAGGACAACUAUCCGGACUGGUGUGUGAAUCUAAGUCAACCUAUCAAUGCUAGACUUUUGUCCAUCUCUACGGAUGAUUUGUUCUCAUCAAGGUGGGUGAAAUUGGAUUUCCCUAAUGUUGAGGCUUUAGUUCUUAAUCUAUCUUCAUUAGACUAUACAUUACCAAGCUUCAUUACUAAAAUGAAGAAGCUAAAAGUUCUGACAAUCACAAACCACGGUUUUUAUCCAGCAAGAUUGACAAAUUUUUCAUGUCUAAGCUCAUUGCCAAACUUGAAACGGAUUAGAUUGGAGAAAGUUUCAGUAACUUUGCUAGACAUUCCACUAUUGCAACUCGGCAGUCUCAAGAAGCUAUCUUUGGUUAUGUGUAGUUUUGGUGAUGUUUUCUACGAGACAGAUAAAAUAGAUCUCUCUAAAGCUCUACCGAGUCUACAAGAGAUUGAAAUAGACUACUGCUAUGAUCUUGAUGAGUUACCGUAUUGGGUCUCUGAAGUUGUUUCAUUGAAGACUCUUAGCAUCACAAACUGUAACAAGCUCUCUACACUUCCAGAAGCUAUAGGCAACUUGAGUAAACUGGAAAUGUUGAGGCUUCGUUCUUGUAUUAAUCUCUCUGAGCUGCCUGAAGCGACUGAGAGACUCAGCAACUUGCGGUUUCUAGAUAUUUCUCAUUGCUUAGGAUUGAGAAAGUUGCCUCAAGAGAUUGGCAAACUGCAGAAGCUUAAAAAGAUCUCUAUGAAGAAGUGUCCGGGAUGCGAGUUACCGGAUUCAGUGAGGAACCUAGAGAAUCUGGUGGUCAAAUGCGAUGAAGAAACAGGAUUCUUGUGGGAGAGGUUGAAGCGAAGAAUGAGAAAUUUGAGAGUUCAAGAGGAGGAGGAAACAGAGCAAAACCUGAACUUAUUUCAAAUGUUUUAAUGUGUGAAACUAGUGAUUAUUGUGUGUAUUUUUACUGUUUGACAAAAAAAAUGUGUGUAUUUCACUAACUGAUUAAUGUCUGUGGUAUAAAAAAUGUAUAUAUAAAAUAAAGAGAUAAUUAUUUCCACAUA